AUGCAUGUGCCAGGAGGCAAUAAAGCCACAUCACCACCGCUGCACCAGCAGCAACUACAACAGCAAUGGCCCGCCGCUUCGCUCCGAAGACGCGCCGUGCAACAGCGUCAGCAGCAGUGUCCGGGCAUUCGUCGGGCGGCAAACUCCACAACUGCGCCAUCCUCCUCCGAGCUGUCACCAACCCCAUUGGUCAUGACAUAUGAAUUGGAGAACUCAUCUGAGGACGAUUCUGAGGAGUACUCCGAGACGACGUACACACCGAGCAACGUGCCACACUUUCUAUCCAUGCCGUUUGGACCAACUGAGGGCGGUACUGCGUCCCUGAUGUGGGGCAUGUCGCCAACAAGCAGCUACUGCGCGGACGUAUUGUCGUCGCAAGGGACCGAGAUUGGCGUGGGCUCCAAAACCCUCUCACCACACCGUAUAUUAAGACAAAUUAGUGUUUGCGAUACCCACAGUAACAAAAGCGGCAUACCGCAGAUGCCUGUGAUUGUCAGCGAGCGAAACAGUCCCGUGCACGGAGAGGAAAACCAAGAGCUGCGGCCAAGCAACUUGACGAGGACGAACCUCAUGAAUGCAGCCAUCCCCACCCAGUUGCCUCAAAUUGUGGGGUCUGGGGCGAGGAUACAGCACACCCAAAAGCCCACGGUGAAUUUAGAGCCGCCCCACAAUGAGAGCACGUCAAGGGUGGCGACGUUGCCCCCAGCAACUGGCAAAAUUUGUACACGACCGAGCAAGGAAUGUGUGUCUCCCAUCACAGCCAGGCCAUCCACGCCAGCGGCACCUGCAGCUAGUUGUAGAGGCGCACGCUUUGCAGUAGGUGGCAGUGGUGUUAGUAACGUGUCGAGGGAUUCGAGGACGCUGUUAGACGAUGACGCAAAGCGAGGGGUGAAGGCUUUGCGAGAAGAAGUUGAAGGGGAGGCAACGCCCCGAUUGAUUCUGAACAGAGCACCGCCUGCCUAUCCGUCAGCAGAAACCCCAGUGGUAGCAGUCGUCCCCGCGGAGGAAAAAGCGGGAACGUCAAGGGGCAACUUUGCAACAAAUCUCCAUGAAAUUCCAUCCAGCGUCACAGCCACAACGGCGUCGCCGGCGUCCCAGGGUGUGUGUGUACAUGCUACGAAUGGGACAACGCAGUUAACCCGGCAAGCGAUGACAGCAGCAACGAGACAAGUGAAACCAAAAGAAGUGCCGUGUGGGAGUGAAAGAAGAAGGAUCGUGUCAGGGAGCGACGCAUACUAUAAACUUCCGUCACUUUUUUCUUCCAGCAACCCUGUUCUUCCGCGGGUGGAAAAGAGACAGAAAUUCUCUGCUGAACCCCUCCAGAAUCAUCCGCAGCAAAAUCAGCAACAACAGCAAGAACAACUUUCAGAAUUAGCUAUCGUGCCGCGACGCCUAGGCGACCGAGGGCCACUAGUGCAGGAGAGAAUACAGCGACAGAGGAUUCGGAGAUGUGAGACCGCUGAACGUGUAGCCAUUCUCAAUAAGAUCAUGGAGAUGAAGCAAAGCCCCAAUACCCCCCACGUCUUUCGUAGUGAGGACGUGGCUAGUUGUGCUCAGUCACCGCCGCAGCUUUUAUCUCAACUCAGGGGGUGUGAGGCGAAUGAGAGUGACGAGGUGACUGGAAAGGUUUUGCGGAGUGUCAAUCCGAUAGAAAACUGGGGAUCUCGGCAUAAUGCAACUCCACAGGGUUUAGGCACGGGCUUGGGAUCGGCCAAAGCCACGGAUGAUCCCACCCGUCAUUUCCCGGAGAACACAAAGACAGGCGUGAAGGGGCUCUGCCCGCCAAGAUGUCAGCGCAUGAAAUCUGCCCGGAGACGCGUCCGGAAUCAACAGAUGGAUAUGUUACCUUCCAUUGGUGGAUCACGAAUUAAAUUAAUUGAGAGUAGCCAAAUUCUGCCAGGACAUGAGGGGAACAUGACCUAA